AGGCAGUUCGUGGAGGAGGUGGCGCUGGACUUCGCACGGCAGCACCCCGAUGUCGUCCUCUAUGUCAGGCCCUGCUCCAACCCGGCCCCGGUGCUGGUGGCUGAGUACUUGAACGGGACAGUGCGGGAGGAGCUCAUCACCAGCAAGACAAGCGAGGAGAUCCUGCAGCUGGCCACCAAGCUGGCCGGCCAGUCCGGCCUGGUCAUCAUCCGCAUCCGCAAACCAUUCCACAGUGACAACCCCAGUAUCCAGGGCCAGUGGCACCCCCUCACCAACAAACCCUCCAUCCUCACUGUGCAGGGCCCACGGCUCCGGCCCCAAUAA